AUGUCCUCCUCGUCCAAGCCCGCCUUUGACCCGUCCGAGCACCCGCACCGGCGGUACAACCCGCUCACUCGCUCGUUUGUCCUCUGCUCGCCCCACCGCACCAAGCGGCCCUGGCAGGGCGCACAGGAGUCGCCCCAGACCACACAGCUGCCCGCCUACGACGAAAAGUGCUACCUCUGCCCCGGAAACGACCGCGCAACCGGCGGCAAAAACGACCGGUACGAGAGCACAUUCUUCUUUGAAAACGACUAUGCCGCCCUCAUGCCCCUCGACGUCGAGCAGAGCAGCGACGCCGACUCGCACCCGCUGCUGCGCAUGGAGCCGGCGCGCGGACGGUGCUAUGUCAUCUGCUUCCACCCCUCGCACAACCUCACCCUCGCCCAGCUCUCGACGGCGCCCUACACGGCCGCGACCCACAUCGUCCCCAUCAUCCGCGCCUGGCAGGACCUCUACCUGCGCAUCCCCGCCGAAAAUCCGUUCGUCAAAUACGUCCAGAUCUUCGAAAACAAGGGAUCCGCCAUGGGCUGCUCGAACCCGCACCCGCACGGCCAGGUCUGGUCGCUCGACUACAUCCCCGAGGAGCCGGCAAAGGAGCUCGAGUCGCAGAAGGCCUGGGCACUCGACGCCGCCAACGCCGAAGAGCGCAUCAGCCUCGGCGUCCGCGACGACAAGGGCCGCCCCUCGCUCCUCCUCACCAUCGCCAAGCUCGAGCUGACGUCCAAGGACCGGCCGCGCGUCAUCUGCGCAAACGACGACUUUGUCGCCAUCGUCCCCUUCUGGGCCGUCUGGCCGUUUGAGGUCCUCGUCCUCCCCGCCAAGCGCCAGAUCCCCGCCAUCUCGGACCUCUCGUCCGACGAGGCCGCCUCGCUCGCCCAGAUCCUCGGCGAGGUGGCGUGCCGCCUCGACAAUGUCUUCCAGUGCUCGUUCCCCUACUCGAUGGGCAUCCACCAGCGUCCCGUCGCCGCCUCGGCCUCGGCCUCGUCGGCGAGCGCCGGCGCAUGCAACCACGGCCAUGGUCACGGCGACGACGACAGCUGGGACUACGCACAGUUGCACAUCCACUUCUACCCGCCGCUGCUGCGCAGCGCCAGCGUGCGCAAGUUCCUCGUCGGCUUUGAAAUGAUGGCCGAGCCGCAGCGCGACCUCACGGCCGAGCAGGCCGCCAAGCGCAUCCGCGACUGCGACACCACCCACUACCUCGCCAAGCUCGCCCAGUAG